CACACACAUGGCAACCACACUGCAGAUGAUCGGUGGUGGAGGAGGCUGUUCAUUUGAAUUCCACGGCAUGAACAACGGUGCCACCCUCAACAAGAUUGGAGUGGCGGUGGAAGCCUGGCAGGUCAAAGCUGUGUGGGAGGAGCUAGUGGACAGGCACGUUGCGACCUUUGGAGAUGCGAACACUUUCAAUGAGUUUGAGUUGUACCUCGGCGAGCGCAUCACCAAGCUGUCUCUGUGGGGUAACGGUGCCGGCACAAGUCUAGGUGCCAUCAAGUUCACGACGAGUAAGAACCGGGAGUUCUUUGAAGAAAUGACCAGCUGGCCACUGAAGUACUGAAGACUACACCGUAGAUGUGGGGUCCGGAUUCUA